AUGGUUGCCAUUGAUCGUGUUGGACAUGUUUAUCCAUCAGUUCAUCUUCAAGAGAUGCUUCAUCUUGCUCAAAAACCCGCACCAUUAGCAACACCAACAAACUAUGCUAGUGCAGUAUUAAGUGAUCCAGUUGCUAGUGUGAUGAAUGGUGGUGCAACACAAAAAAUUACACCAUCACAAUUUGGUCUUGCUGAUAAUCCAUCAUUGCAAUUUACAACACCUGGUGGCGGAUUUGUUCAAGUAUUUGGUCCAUUGAAAACACCAGGCAAUGAUAAAUUCUUUCACGAUCCCAACCCAGUUGUUAUUCAAAAAAAAUCAAAACCAGUUACAUACGUACAAAAAAUUAACUUAGCUUACUAUAAACCACCAGCUCCACCAGCACCUGGCCCAGUUAUCAUAAAAGAAGUUCGUCCCCCUCAAGCACCAGUUCCACCACCUCUUUUUGUUCGCAUACAACCACCACCGCCACCUGAACAAGCACCAUUAGUUAUUCGUGAAGCUCCACCUCCACGACCAAGACAUAUUCCACCAACUUUAUUGACCAAAGUAUUACCACCUAUUCCUGUACCACCACCCAAAGUGCAUGUGCGUAAUGCCCCUGAUCAUGCAACAGUGGAAAGAACCUUAAACAACAUGGGUCUUACAUCGCAAUAG